AUGAAUACAAGGCCAACGUUUUGGAAAGCACAGUGCAUGACCAGGGGGAAGAAUUAUCGUGGUGUUUUGGACCGGGUCCCGUGUAGGUGGCUUGUAGCUGGAUCUAACAAAAACAGAUUAGGAUUGUUUCAGAUCACAAAGUGGGUGGAGAGUCACAAUUGUUAUGGAGAAGUGAUAUCUAAUAACAAUCGUUGUAUGACAGCAAGUAUGAUUGCUUCUGAAAUUUUGUCACGAGUGCGGGAGGAUUUAACUUUAAAAGUUAGACAGAUCCAGGCCCAAGUAAAAACAACGUUCAAUGUUGAUGUGAGCUACGCCAAGGCGUGGAAUGCAAGAAGGUUGGCAAUUGAAAGGUUGUAUGGAACUUGGCCGAGUAACUUUGAUGCACUGCCCAAGUAUGUUGCUGAAUUACAACGUGCUAACCCAGACACUGUUGUGGAAUGGCUCCAUUCUCCAACCAGUUCAAGCCAUAUACAUACAUUCAAGUAUGUAUUUUGGGCAUUUGGACCGGCAAUUAGGGCAUUCCAACGUUGUAUUCCGGUGAUCUUUGUCGAUGGCACUCAUUUGAAAGGCAGCUACAAAGGUAAGUUGCUAACUGUAGUGACAAAGAACGCCAAUGGACAACUAUUGCCGGUCGCUUAUGGCUUGGUUGAUGAAGAGUCUAAUGAAAGUUGGGGAUGGUUUCUAAAUCUCUUUGAAGAGCAUGUCGGGUCGCAGAGGCAAGGAGAUUUGUGUAUCAUUUCAGACCGUCACCAAGGCAUUCUUAAUGCAGUGAGCCAAAUUGAUGGGUGGCAUCAUCGGUAUUGUUUGAGGCACAUUUGUAGCAACGUCAACUCGCACUUCAAGAACAGGAGAAUCAAGAAUCUGGCUUGGGUUAUCGGUUCCACCUCCCAAUCAUCCAAGUAUACUUGGGCGAUAAACACAAUCAAAGGUGAAGAUGAUGCUGUUUGGCCGUAUUUGAGGAACAUUGGUUUGGACAAGUGGACUCUAAGGCACGACUCGGCGCUUCGUCGUUGGGGUAACUUAACGACAAACAUUGCCGAGUGCCAAAACAAUAUCCUUGGUAAGGCUCGAAUGUUACCUAUUAGAGCUUUAAUUGAGAGCACUUUUACUUGGACAAGAGACCAUUUUGUCAGCCAAUACCGGAAGGCAAGUAGCUGGAACCCACCACUAGCUCGCAAAAUGUGGCAGGUUUAUCAGAUGCGUGAACGAGCGUCAACAAGCCAUAGAGUGGAAGUGUUUGAUGAACGAACAGGCAAUUACACGGACCAGAUCCGUAGUACAAAUCAGGAUUAA